AUGCACGAUUCAACCCAAGUCGAUCGGCUGCGGAUCCAAACUCAGCUGCUCAAGCUGACCCGACACUACCAAGCCAAAUCACCGACGACCGCGGCGCUGAUCCCAGCUUCGCAGUUUCCGACCGACCGACAGCUGUCGUCCGAGGCUGCGCAGCAACAGCUCGUGCAGCUCUUGAUCGACGAACAAAACGAGCACGAUCCAAAUCAGGAAGCGGGUGUAUGGGAGAAAGUGUUCUGGAGGAGGAUCGUCAAAAGCAUCGAGGCGGGCUUCGCAGACAGGAGACGGGACGGCGACGGCGAACAGGUCGAUGACGAGGUCAGCAGCGCGUCAGUCGCCCUCGUUUCGGGUGAAUUUGACAGGAAUCAACUUCAUAGGAAGUGCACCCGAGCAUCCUGGAGGAGAGGGUCAAGCAUCUCUCGGCCUCGUCGACCUCAACUCCGAGCUCGAGAUCGAGAAGAUGGUGUUGGGGACCUCUGCUGCGUAGGGACAGAUGGAAAUCGGUCGUGACCCACGAAGAGGGCAGGAUGAUCAGUGCUGGUCAGUUCACCUAUCCUUCAUACAGCUGUGGUCCAGUGCUGAUCACCCUCAUUCACGGUUCUCGGCACUUUCAGGAACGACUGGACUGAGAACUUGGUAAGCUUGAGAGAGAGAGCGGAAACCGGCAGAGAGAAAAAGACCGAGGCUGACGUUACGGAACAAAAUCGUGUAGGAAAGCUUCAAUAGCGCUAUCGAAUCAUCUAAUCGCCUCUCCUACCCUCGUUUCAGGCGUCGCCGCUCCACCGACGGUCGUCGAGCUCGGCGCCGGCGUGGGGCUCGUCUCCCUCGUCGCUGCAUCGCUGCACUCAACGAUACGAGUCAUCUCGACGGACGUCAACCCUGAUGUGCUAGUCCAACUCGAGCAGAACGUUCGCAAUAGUGAGUCUUACUGAGAAAAUAUGGUGUGCCGCACCUCGUACGAAAAUCUUGAUCAAUGCUCGCAAUGGCAAUCGCAGACGGCCUGGACGAUCGGAUACGAGUCUCGUCACUGGACUGGGAAGACGUAAAUCCUUCUGAGCGAGUACCUACUGGCGUUUGGGCACCCGAAGAGUACGAGUCCCUCCUCAUCCUUGGCGCCGACAUUGUGAGUGAGAUCAGGCGCUGAACCACGUCGCCGUCGACGGUCAUUGUUGAGCAGGGCCCUGAACUCGUUGCACGUAGGUCUAUGAUCCGACAUUAGCGUCAUACUUGGCUGCCACACUCUCUGUGCUGCUUAGACCCGCCCCGGAGGACCUGCCGGUAAAAGCUACCACUUCGACAAGAACUGCGCUCAUCGCCGGAACAAUUCGCAACGAGUCUACCUGGGAGCAUUUCCUCUCCGAAUGCAGUAAGUAUUGUCUAUGUCGCUUUUGCCCCAAUUUGCAAAAAUUCUAACUCACCAAUAAUCCGCCUUCUGAUUUCCCACCGCAAAGCCUCUCGGUCGUUGCUGAUCGAGCCCGUUGACUUGCUGAUCCCGCCGGAGGACGGUGGCAUAGUGGGUACAGAAGGUUGGGAAGGCGAAGGCGAGGUCCGAUUGGUCAAAAUUGUAGCAAAGCCUUUGUAAGGAAGUGCCUUUUCCCAUCACUUUGUCUGUGCACAAGGUGCGCACCCAACUCCGCACCCGACUCCGCUCAAUCCGCUACAGGGAAAAGGACGCGGCAAAAGGUCGCCCAAAAUUGGCUCAAGACGGACGACGGUCAAGACUUCGAGAAGCUGUAAAUACGAUGCCCUACACGUUUCCCUCAAAGUCUGCGCCGACUUGCCGAAUCCUCCUACUAGCCCCGCCCGCUCAAAGUGGUCUUUUCCGAGUCGCAGGGCCUCUUAGCGCGACGACAGCACCUUCGCCGCCAGUCUCCUCACGCACUGGCGGACUCAGCAGAGCGGCAAUUCGGCGGUAGACGACCCUCAACGCGGGGCGGCCGUUCACGUCCCAUUCGAGACUGUCCGGAUUGUAAGAAGCCAACCAUGGCACCACAGGCUUAUCAAGCGGAUUGAUCGAGCAACAGUGUGGACGGCCGCCCCGCUGCGUCAGUCGAGAAUUCGCGUCGAAGUGUAAGGGGAUGCCUUACAAAAACAGCCCCAUAAGCGGCCGCGACACAUGUCCGCACAUGUGCGGACACUUGAUUAUAGGUCAAUACAUGACGAUAUCGUAUCUUUUCGAUGUCGUAGGACAAAUACCCCAUAAGUAGCCUCUGAGUAGCUAGAACUGUCGAGUUCUAGUUACGACUUGCUUUUAGCCUAGCGGUCAAGAACGACAGAUUGUAUUUUAUGCACAUCAGAGGCGCAUACCUUACACGAGGGUCCUCGGCCGCCGAAUCGUCACGAGAACUGCAGGCCAACAAAUCGAACCCUUCGAAAGAGAGGAUCGAGGGUGAGAACGACUGGUCCGCGGCUCGCAGAGGCAACGACACGCACACGAUGGAAAGAGAACUUAGAAUGAUAGCUACCAUAUGCAAUGCAGCAAGAACAAGACCGCAUCUACCCAUGCGAGACAAGUGUUCUUUCAAAACAAGUGGUACGGAUCCCGGCCGAGUGCCGCGGCGCGGACUUCUGGGACGGCUGCUGCAGAGCUGA